UUGUUACAACAUCGCGGGGCUCCCCAGUCCUCUCAGACAUAAACCUACCUACAUUCAACAACAAACAACAAGGGACAUAAAAAGGCGUGAAUUCUGCAGCGCCUCACCUUACAGGACAGCCGAUCGCGAUGAGCGCCCUCAAAUUCGUGCCGUUCUCUUCGGAGAUCGAGCUACCGUUCUAUUCCGCCUUAUUCUCAUCGAAGCUCGACCAUGACAAGCUCGACGAUUCGGCGCGCCCCGUGCUGGGCCUGUAUGCGCCUCGCGCCCAGGCCGAGCCGGAGUCGAGCACGAGAAUGCAAAUUCUCGGUAAUGCGCUCACGAGCAAGGACGUGCCUGUGGGCAUGACCAGGGCCAAAGGCUAUAUCAAGAACGUCAAUACAAUCGAGGAGUUCAAGAACACCGACAAGAGCGCCAUGAUCACAGAUGCUGGCCGCCAGAUCUGGGAGGCGAUCCAGGAUGGCACCAUCUACUCGGUGCCGUCACUGCUCUCGUCCUUCGCCAUCCUCUCGUUCGCAGACUUGAAGAAGUACAAGUUCACGUACUGGUUCGCCUUCCCCGCGCUCCAUUCAGACCCGCCCUGGAAGCAGACCGGGCCGGUAGAGCGGCUGGACUCCAAGGAGACUACAGCGCUGGUCGACACGGUGCAGACGUGGCGCUAUGUGUUCAGCAACGAAGGGGAGCACGGCUUCUUCCUGGCUAAAAAGGUGCGGCUGGACGACGAUGCAACAGCGAAGCCCCUUCUCGACGAUAACUUCGCCGAGAUCGGCUAUCGGUGGGAAAUUGGCUCGCUCCGGGAUUUUGAGAGAGGCUUCUUCCACGACAUCGAGGAGGAAGACCGAUAUGUCGCCUUUGUCGACCCGUCCAACUACUCCGAGUCGCCGUCAUGGCCGCUGCGCAAUCUCUUGGUCUUGAUCAGGCACCGGUACCGCUUGAACAAGGUCAAGAUCCUCUGCUACCGCGAUACACAGGGGCGGCGGCACGAGGCCCGGAGCAUAGUCCUUCCCCUGGCUAUGGACCCGGUGGAUGAUGACACGCAGCCGGCCAAGAUGCCCAGUGUGACGGGCUGGGAGAGAGACGGCAGCGGCAAGUUGAGGGCGCGCGUCGCUAACCUUGCAGAGUAUAUGGAUCCCACAAGGCUGGCCGACCAAGCUGUGGACCUGAACUUGAAGCUGAUGAAGUGGCGGCUGGCUCCGAAUCUCGACCUGGACACCAUUAAGAAUACCAGGUGCCUGUUGCUCGGUGCCGGGACACUCGGCAGCUACGUUUCGCGCAAUCUGAUGGGAUGGGGCGUGCGCAAGAUCACCUUCGUCGACUAUGGCGCCGUGUCUUUUUCCAAUCCUGUGCGGCAGCCGUUAUUCCAGUUCAAGGACUGCCUCGAGGGCGGCAGGCCCAAGGCACUGCGUGCUGCCGAGUCCCUCAAGGAGAUCUACCCAGGCGUCGAGGUUGAGGGACAUGUUCUGUCAGUGCCGAUGCUUGGCCAUCCCGUCGCGGAUGAAGCCAAGGUCAAAGCGGACUUCGACAAGCUGCAGGAGCUCGUGGAUGCGCAUGACGCCAUCUUCCUGCUGAUGGACACACGCGAGUCCAGAUGGCUGCCCACGCUGAUGGGGAAGGCUUCCAACAAGAUUGUGAUGAACGCCGCACUCGGAUUCGAUACCUACGUAGUGAUGCGACACGGUGCGGCGCCAGAGGACGGCAGUGAAGAGACCUUGGGCUGCUACUUCUGCAACGACGUUGUUGUUGCGGCCGAUUCAAUGAAAGACCAGACCCUGGAUCAGCAAUGCACCGUCACCCGCCCGGGCGUCGCAGCCAUCGCAUCCGCGUUGCUGGUCGAGCUGCUGACCAGCGUGCUUCAGCACCCAAAGAAGCAUCACGCGCCCGCUCCCGUGCCCGCAGCGGGACAGGGACAGGGACAGGGACAGGGACAGGGACAAAGCACCUACGACCGUAACCCGCCAGACCACGCCCUGGGCAUCGUGCCGCACCAGAUCCGCGGCUUCCUGUCGAGCUUUCAGAACAUGGUCAUCCACGGCCGGUCCUAUCCGCAGUGCAGCGCCUGCAGCAAGCCAAUCCUCGCCGCCUACCAGUCCGACGGCUGGGACUUUGUCAAGAAGGCCCUCGGCAGCCGCGAAUAUGUUGCCGAGCUGAGCGGCCUGGCCGAGGUGCAGAGGCUGGCCGAGGCCGCGGCUGCUGAGGUCGAGUGGAGCGAGGAGGAGGAGGCCGAGGCCGAGGGUGAGGGUGAGGAGGAGGGGGUUUUGAUUUAACUUAUCUUACCCCCGGGCGCGAGUGAUGAUGAAUCGACAUCCAAGCCUACGGUACCAAUGAAAGCCCGAAACCGAAAUCCGGCUCCAGCAUCUCCCUGCGCGUUCUUCAUGACCAGCUCUGCUUCUGCGUUUUCUGCAUGCGUCGACCUGUUUGACGCCGACCUCCUAAACGGAGCUAAUUAACAGUCAAUCACCGUCCUUACCUAAGCCGGCCGCCGGGGGUCAGAGAAAGUCCUCAA